ACUACAGAGUGAACUACAAUUAUUCAUAAGCUCCAUCCUUCUGACCUGAUCAAAAUCAGGAACUACCAGUGCAGAGAGAGCCGUCAGUGAGGGGUAAUAAAGUGCAGACCUCAAGAGGCAUUUGUCACCAUUUCAUUUUCCUUUCUCUAUUUGUAGUGUAACAGAAGAAAGAAAGAAAAUAACAAAGGAUAAGUUUGUUUUUCCAGCUUUUGUUCCUUAUGUAACAGAGAAGUGUUGUUAGAGCUGUAUGAGAAGAUUUUGCAUUACAGAAUGGAGGGUUGUGUCAUUUCAUCAUCAUCAGAUGAAAUUGCUGCAUACGAUCAAGUUUUCCGACCACAGUAUGAUUUUUACCCAUACAUAACCAGUGAUGCAGAUGGUCAUUUGGAAAGUGGAUGGGAUUACCACACUGAUCACACUCACCAGACUGAGCUGGAGGUCCCUUCGAGUAGUCACUUCACUGAACUACACUCUGCCACCUACUACUAUAGUGAUGUGGAGUCUUACCACCCGCCUCUGGAUUCAGGCCUGGGGGCUUUUGUGCCUGUGGUCACACCUCAGUUUGCAUAUGUCUCUCACCCACUGUACCAGCGCUCUCCUCCUGCCCACUGCAGCACAGACGAUGAGGACGCAGGGGCGCGCAGUCCACCGUUUGAGGUGUCUGAGGGAGAAGAGGACCAUGAGACACACCUUGCUAGCACGUCUACUAGCAUAACAGGCAACAAAAGAAAAAUGCGUCUCUAUCAGUUCCUUCUGGAGCUGCUUAGAGACGGGGAUAUGAAAGACUGCAUUUGGUGGGUGGAUAGAGAGAGAGGCACCUUUCAGUUCUCUUCCAAACACAAGGAGCUGCUGGCCAGCCGCUGGGGCCUGCAGAAGGGCAACCGUAAGAGAAUGACCUAUCAGAAGAUGGCUCGGGCCCUACGCAACUAUGGCAAGACAGGGGAAGUUAAAAAGAUCAAGAAGAAACUUACAUACCAGUUCAGUAAUGAGGUGCUGAGGAGAAUGUCAGCAGACAAAAAAUAUCACUGAGAGAGGAUUCCCAUUGCUCUUGGCUGCAGGAUGACCACGGAGGCAGGGCUUUUUUUCUCAACUUUUUCCUCAGGGACUCCACAUACACUAUAUCUCGGACAUUUUUAAGCAUGGGGUGCGAUUUAGGAUUUUGCUUCCUUCUGCACUCAACCAUGGAAACAAAAACAUCUUUGAAAAUGAUAAUGCUAGACAGUAUGACAAGUUCCAUAUUUCCCAGAGGACUAAAGACAGGUUUCUAUGUGGAUUGUUAAUGAAAUGGGAAAACUACUGUUACUAGCAGGUGACUCUCUCUGCAUGGAUUAGGGAAAUUUGUGUACACUGUCCCCUAUAGGCUUAACAUUUACAUUGCACAAACAAAAAUCCAUGAUUCCCCCCCCCCCCAUCCUGACCAUUUUUUACCCUCUUUGAUCAAUACUACUUAAACAAUAACACAGAACAACAUGUUACUUAUAUACGCUUUAUUUAUAUAUUUUUAAAUAACGACAACUUCUAAAUUCAAUGGCCUUUGUGGUUGGUGAUUUGCUGACAUUUCAAAUGGAAGAAGGAAUCCUAAUUCAAUAAAAGUAUAUAUGAAAAGUUA